AUGCUUUCACAGAGUACUAACAUCGAGGGAAGUGGUAGUGAUGAUCUUAUAGAACAAAAUGUGUGGAACGCCGUAGAUGAUAAGGUUGUAGAAGCUUUAGGUGGCUUGGACGAGGAACUGUUAACCGAACAUGUGUGUAACGAAUCAACGAUCACCCAGCUACAGCAAGAGAUCAUCCUAACAACACAUAACGAAUUACGAAGAUCACUGGCUUAUGGCAAGCAGAGGAACAAAAGAGGUCUCAUGAACAGUGCGAGAAACAUGUAUAAACUGAAAAGGGCAUAUUUUUGUCUUGUCGUUAAAGUGGUCAGGGUUACUGUAGUUUCCGAGGAUUUUCGAAUUUUGUUUUUGAUCCCUUCAGUUGGGACUGGGAUUGUGAACUUGCUGCACUCGCCGCCAACUGGUCAGCCUCGUGUCCCCAACACUUCAUGCCUCAAUCAGUACUCGGUUCGAACGCUCAACUAUUCAAGCGGUGACCACUUUAGCAAAAAUAAAGUAAUAAUUUUGAUCAAAUCGACUUUCAGAUUCUAUUAUUAUUUCGAUGGUCACGACUCAACAGUACAUAUGAGAAACGCUAUGAAAUAUUGGUGGCAGCAAGGAGAGGAACGGGGAAAUGAGGAUCAGAAAAAUAGGUUCUUCGCAAGACGAAAUUAUUUUGGAUGGGCGAAUAUGGCAAAAGGGAAAACAUACCGUGUCGGAUGUUCGUAUAUCAUGUGCCCGGAUACAGAGUCGGCUUUGUUCACCUGUCUCUACAAUGAAAAGGCUCAAUGCGAAAAAGAGAUGAUUUACGAAAAUGGAAAACCAUGCUGUGAAGACAAGGACUGCUUCACGUAUCCAGGAUCCAAGUGUUUAGUGCCUGAAGGCCUUUGUCAGGCGCCGCAGAUGACCAAAGAUAGUGGAGACAGUAUGCAGUGUAACAAUCCACAAGUGUCAGAUGUGACAAGGAAUUUUACACUAGAACAGCAUAAUUUUUAUAGAUCGCGUCUAGCAAAGGGUUUCGAGUGGAACGGAGAAACCAAUAGUUCCCAGCCAAAAGCAAGUCAAAUGAUAAAAAUGGAAUAUGAUUGUAUGCUGGAACGAUUUGCACAGAACUGGGCAAACAAGUGCGUUUUCGCCCAUUCCUCCCAUUACGAACGCCCCAACCAGGGACAGAACCUCUAUAUGAGUUCAUUUGUGAAUCCUGAUCCCCGAAGUCUAAUUCAUACGGCCGUCGAGAAAUGGUGGCAAGAACUAGAGGAGUUCGGUACGCCAAUUGAUAACGUAUUGACACCCGAACUAUGGGAUUUGAAAGGGAAAGCGAUUGGACAUUACACUCAGAUGGCAUGGGAUCGUACGUAUCGUCUCGGGUGUGGAAUCGCAAACUGCCCGAAAAUGUCAUAUGUGGUUUGUCACUAUGGACCAGCUGGCAAUCGAAAGAACAACAAAAUCUACGAAAUCGGUGACCCGUGUGAAAUCGACGACGAUUGUCCGAUUGGAACCGAUUGUGAAAAAACAACUUCAUUAUGUGUGAUCUCGAAAGAAUGGAAAAAAUAA